AUGGAUCUUAGACAUGUUGGAUGUUUUGUCGGUGGAGAUGAGGAAUCAUUUUUUGUGGGCUUAUGGGCAAUUUGGUGUGAGAGAAAUAAUGUGUUAUGGCAGAAGUCUCAUUUCAAGCCCAUGAAUUUGAUUCAAUGGGGUGGAAAAUUUUUGGAGGAUUAUCAAAAAUACCAUCCCAAGGCAGUGAGGAAAAAAGCUAGGCCUCGUGUGAGGUGGGAAUGCCCACCUAGUGGAAGGUUGAAAAUAAAUGUCGAUGGAGCAUUUUGCUUGGAUAAUGGAUAUGGGGGAAUUGGGGUAGUAGUGAGGGAUGAAGUUGGCAUGGGUAUUGCUAUAGUAGCAAGGCCUUUUCUGCAUGCACACUCGGUUCUUAAUAUGGAAGCGGAGGUGUGUAGGGUUGGUCUUCUUCUUGGUAUUCACCAAGGUUGCACGAACAUUGACAUUGAAAGUGAUUGA